AUGGAGUCAAAACUAAAACUGAACAUCAGACUUAGGGUCUCUUCAAUAAGGAAGCAGAUGGAAGAAUUGAUGCGCAACUCCCAAGCAUGGAAACCCUAUAAUGCCCCGCAUAUGUCUCUUAACAGAUCUGUACUAUUUGUUCAAGAGAAACUGCGUGACUCGAUGAGAAAUCUUUUAAAAAUCCGGUGUAAGAAACUUGGGAAAGCUACAAAUGUUCAAAACCAGCGGUAG